AUGUGCUGGAAUGCUGGAAUCAAGAGCAGUGCUGCUACAGGGCGGAAGGCAUGCUUGGGCCGGACGGGGCCAUUGCGAUCUGCAUGGACGUCUUGCCUUCCGAUGCCACGAUUCCCUGCAGCGAGGGCGGCGAGGAUGGCCAGGGUCAGUGUGACCAGACCAAAAUGGAGUCCUGCGUUCCAGCGGAGUUCGCUAACCUCAGCCCGGAUGUGGGACUUGAUUUCUGGACCAUGGAGAUCUGCGAAAAGGCUCUAG